AUGGCAAGCCAAUACCAGCCCCCCAACACCACCGCGCAAGACGACGCCGCCACAGCCGCCGCAGCAACCGCGCGCACAGUCCUCUACAAGUGCGGCGACUGCGACAACGACGUGCCGCUGAAGCGCGGCGAGCCCAUCCGGUGCAGGAACUGCGGUCAUCGCGUGUUGUACAAGCAGCGGACGAACCGAAUGGUGCAGUUUGAAGCGCGAUGA